UGCUGGGCUGCGGCGGCGGCGGCGGCGGCGGUUACUAUGGCGGAGUCGGCCGGAGCCUCCUCCUUUUUCCCCGUUGUCCUCCUCCUGCUCGCCGGCAGCGGCGGGUCCGGGCCCCGGGGGAUCCAGGAUGGAUCUGGGAGAGACGAUCAGGAUUGUAUUCGCUCCCGAUGUACAAAGCCUGUGCUUUGACUUCUCACCAGCCCCUAACCUUCCAGCUAUGGGAGAUCAAGUGUGUGCACUGUGGCUCUCCUCUCUACUAAAAAUAAUGAUUCUCAGGCUCUUACAUCGUAUCCCGGGCAGCGUACCUGUGCUAAUCAAAGACAGUCUGGAGGGAGCGACCUGCUUUAGGUUUUAUUGGUUUGGCAACGUUUUAAUUCUUACGCAACUCUGGCUCUGCAGUGUGCAUGUACCAGCUGCCUCCAGGCCAACUACACGUGUGAAACAGAUGGGGCCUGCAUGGUUUCCAUUUUCAACCUGGAUGGGAUGGAGCACCACGUGCGCACCUGCAUCCCCAAAGUGGAGCUGGUCCCCGCCGGGAAACCCUUCUACUGCCUCAGCUCUGAGGACCUCCGCAACACCCACUGCUGCUAUACUGACUUCUGCAACAGGAUCGACCUUAGGGUGCCCAGUGGUCACCUCAAGGAGUCUGAGCACCCUUCCAUGUGGGGCCCCGUGGAGCUGGUAGGCAUUAUUGCUGGCCCAGUGUUCCUCCUGUUUCUCAUCAUCAUCAUUGUUUUCCUUGUCAUUAACUAUCAUCAGCGUGUCUAUCACAACCGCCAGAGACUGGAUAUGGAAGAUCCCUCGUGUGAGAUGUGUCUCUCCAAAGACAAGACGCUCCAGGAUCUUGUCUACGAUCUCUCCACAUCAGGGUCUGGUUCAGGGUUGCCCCUUUUUGUCCAGCGUACAGUGGCCCGAACCAUCGUUUUACAGGAGAUUAUUGGCAAGGGCCGGUUUGGGGAAGUGUGGCGUGGCCGCUGGAGGGGUGGCGAUGUCGCGGUGAAGAUUUUCUCUUCUCGUGAAGAACGGUCUUGGUUCCGGGAAGCAGAGAUCUACCAGACAGUCAUGCUGCGCCAUGAAAACAUCCUUGGAUUUAUUGCUGCUGACAAUAAAGAUAAUGGCACCUGGACACAGCUGUGGCUCGUCUCAGACUACCAUGAGCAUGGCUCCCUGUUUGAUUAUCUUAACCGGUACACGGUGACAAUCGAGGGGAUGAUUAAGCUGGCCUUGUCUGCGGCUAGUGGGUUAGCCCACCUGCACAUGGAGAUUGUGGGUACCCAAGGGAAGCCUGGAAUUGCUCAUCGAGACUUAAAAUCAAAGAACAUCCUGGUGAAGAAAAAUGGCAUGUGCGCCAUUGCAGACCUGGGCCUGGCUGUCCGCCAUGAUGCGGUCACUGACACCAUUGACAUUGCCCCAAAUCAGAGGGUGGGAACCAAACGAUACAUGGCCCCCGAAGUACUCGAUGAGACCAUUAAUAUGAAGCACUUUGACUCUUUCAAAUGCGCCGAUAUCUACGCGCUCGGCCUUGUGUAUUGGGAGAUUGCUCGAAGAUGCAAUUCUGGAGGAGUCCAUGAAGAGUAUCAGCUACCAUAUUAUGACUUAGUGCCCUCUGACCCUUCCAUUGAGGAAAUGCGAAAGGUUGUAUGUGACCAGAAGCUACGUCCCAACAUCCCCAACUGGUGGCAGAGUUACGAGGCACUGCGGGUGAUGGGGAAGAUGAUGCGAGAGUGCUGGUACGCCAACGGCGCGGCCCGCCUGACUGCCCUGCGCAUUAAGAAGACCCUCUCACAGCUCAGCGUGCAGGAAGACGUGAAGAUCUAAGCCUCUCCCUCCCCACACGCAGCCCUGGCAGCGGGAACUACACACAGCUGCCGCGUUGAGCGUACGACGGAGGCCUACCUCUCGUUUCUGCCCAGCCCUCGGUGGCCAGGAGCCCUGGUCCCAAAGAGGGACAGAGCCCGGGAGACUCCCUCACUCCCAUGUUGGGUUUGAGACACAGACACCUUUUAUAUUUACCUCCUAACGGCACGGAGACUCUGAGAGCGGAUGGUGUGGAGAACUCGAUGCCACAACUCGAACUGGCUGUAGUGGGAAGUCCCGCAAAACCUGGUGCGUCUGGCGGAUAGCCAGGGUGGCGACGGGCCCCCGAGAGGGCCCCGGGGGAGCCGCGUGUCGCCAUUGCUGAGCAGCACCGACGGUGUCCUCCAGGGACCAGCUCCGGUGGGGCGGGCGGCGCUCUGUGGUGGCCCAGAGGAGCCACGAGUACAGCCCCUGACACGGGCAGCUCUGGGCCCUGGGCUCCCCUCCUGUCUCACGCGGGCCUCCAGAGGGACCGCCGGUGGAGGCGGGGCCUGCCGCCUGUCUGUCCAGCCGUGUGUGCAUGUGCCGAGGUGCGUCCCCUGUUGUGCCUGGUCCGUGCCACGCCCUUACACGUGUGUGUGUAUGUGUGUGUCUGUAGGUGCGCACUUACCUGCUUGAGCUUUCUGUGCAUGUGCAGGUCGGGGGUGUGGUUGUCAUGCCGUCUCUGCGUGCUGGUGCCUCUGUUUGGUAGUGAGCAGCGUCUAGUCUCCCUGGUGCCCUUCCCGAAGGUCUCUCUCCUGGCCCCUUCCCCCCAGAAUCCCCACACCACAGCAGGAUCCCCUUCCCAGCAGGCUGUUCCGCCUGCCCAUGUGUCGGCACCUCCAUUUCAGACCGUGGAACCAAAGCUGGCCAGGUUGUCCGUGGCAGGCGGGGGAGAUUUUUGGGUCCAAAUGUGAGGCAGGGACGGGCGGGGGUGGGCAGGGAAAGAAUCUCGGUGGAAGUCUCGGGUGUUGUGGUCAGCGGCAACCGUGGGAAAUGAGCCAGCCCAAGGGCAUCAUCCUCAACAGCAUCAAGAAGGGCCAAGGGACUUGAGGCCCUGAUCCUGGGACUCACAUUGGAAUGUCACAUCUGUCUUUCAUAUCCCAGAUUCUGGAAACAGCAGUGUAUAUUUUUGGUGGUGAUGGGUUUAGGGUGGGGAAGGGGAAGGGGGGGGCAAGCAGUGUGGGGGGGGAGUCGGGGUGGGAGGGAGGCAUCUGCAUGGGUCUUUUACUGGAUUAUCUGAUCGCGGUGGAGGGGAGAUGGGAGACACGUACCCACUUCAGGGGCCUGUGAAAGGGAAAAGCCCGAGCCAAACCUGUUAUUUUAACCUGAGUAUAGUAUUUAAUGAUGUCUAGAAGCACGGUUAUGGGUGGUGGUUUGGUCAGCGUAUCUUAGGUAUAUAAUAACUUUGAAGCCAUAACUUUUAACUGGAGUGGUUUGUUUUUUUCUCUUUUUUCUUUUCUUUUCUUUUCUUUUCUUUUCUUUUCUUUUCUUUUCUUUUCUUUUCUUUUCUUUUCUUUUCUUUUCUUUCCUUUCCUUUCCUUUCCUUUUCUCUUUUCUUUUUUUUUUAAUUUUAUUGGAAGGGUCUGAAUUUUAACUUUUUUUAAUAUUGUUAAGUUUUUAUAAAAGGAAAACCAUCUCUAUGUGAUGAUUACCUCUUUGUUUUUAAAGAAAUUGCUACAAAACAACCACAAAAAAAAAAAAUGCUCCAAUCAAGCGCACAUAGCUCAGUCACACUGGAAAUGUUUGUCCUUGCACCUGAGCCUGUUCCCACCGAGCAGCGAGAGUCCCUCCCUCUUUGCCCUGGAGGUUAGUCUCUCUUGCACUGUGCCCCCCACCCCUCAAUUCUGUGAGUGGUUUUUGCUUCAGGGCCCUGGCCUUUUGUGCAUUGUCCAGCCGGUCGCGCCUUCUCCUCCAGGCAUUUACUCAACAGAUGUUUGCUGCGUACCUGUUGUGUGUCAGGCACUGUGCUGAGCACUUGGAUAUGUAUGUGAGCAAGACAGGCUUGGGUCCUACUCUUGGAACACUGAAGAAGUUGCCGAUUCAAGUUAGUGGGUGCCUGUUUCAAGACCAGAAGUUUGUACCGUUGGUUCUGAGAGCCUUUUGAGCCUGGAAUGAUUGCUCUUAGAAAAGACCACCAAGGACCAGGAUCCCUCCAUACCCCCAAAGAGCCCUGCAGUGGGCAGUGAGACCCUAAAUUACUGCAUUCAUUCUGAGCCCCCUUCCUGCCCCCAGGGGAGGCACAUGAUGUCUGCAGCCUGAGAGCAUGCCUGCCUCCAGCCCAGUGAUUCUCUGCCAAAGCUUGUGGAGGAGGGGCACGCCUCUCCCUGCUUACACGGGUCUCCCAGAUGCUCCCGGUCUUCCUAUUUAUUUUCCUGACGUGUUGCUUCUUCCCUUGCGUUAAAGGAGAUCUUCGCCUCACCCUUUGGGCCAGUUUGCUGGCUACUGACUAAUUUCCCUUGAAUACCAAUGGUGUCAUUAGGGGGACCUUCUUUCCCCAGCCCUGCUGACCUCACCCCACCUACCUGCUCUGCAGCAGACCCAGGCAGGGUGUGGGUGGUAAUGGAACUUAGACUCCUGUGCCCCGGUCACAACCAGCCUCUGGGAUCUGCCAACACUCCUCGACCCAGGGACUCCCAAGCCUCUAGCCCGCUCCCUAGGGGGACCUCCUGGCCUCACCACACCUCGGGGAAGACUGAGCAGUUUUUUGGGAAGCUCCCACCCCUGUCCCCAUCACUCUUAACACCAAGGGUUAGGAGUUAGACAGUUGGGGAGAAACUAAAGCCUAAAGCCGCGGUGUUUGGCCCGUGGGGCUAACUAACCCUGAUCCGUAGGGCUACCUACACCUCUGGAUUCUGGAUUCACAGACCAAGUCAAAGCCCGUUCUUACGUCGCCAUCAAGGCCCCCGAACGGCAUUCUCGGUACUUCUGUUUGUUUUUGUACAUUUUAUUAGAAAGGACUGUAAAAUAGCCACUUAGACACUUUACCUCUUCAGUAUGCAAAUGUAAAUAAGUUGUAAUAUAGGAAAUCUUUUGUUUUAAUAUAAGAAUGAGCCUGUCCAAUUUCUGCUGUACAUUAUUAAAGUUUUAUUCACAGA